CACUUCAUAAAGUGGAAUAAAGAAGGGGAAAUGAUGCAGCAGAUCGACAGCAGCCAGUUCCUGCUCCACACAGCUUCUUCAUGCAUUUCACCACACCACUCUUUCCUCCAGGACUGUGUGAACUGCAGAUGAUUUCUUCAGAAUGGCCUUGGAUCUUGUGUUGACAUAAUAUCAAGAAGUCCUGGCUUCUAUCGGUUUGAACUCUUCCAUUGAAUCUGGUUCAGGGACUACAUUCUUGGAUGGAUUUUAUAUGCAAAAUAUUUUGUUUCGAUCACUCAUCUUUCUGAAAGAUUAAGCGUAUGUGGACAGUGACUCUGACCCAGGAUAUAUUGAGACGGGAGUCCCUUGCAUUCUGGAGCCACAAUGAAUUCAGUGCUGUCUGCUGCAGUAAUGCUGCUCCUCACUCAGGUUGCACACAGUCUCCCCACCUUUUACCACAGGGGGUGGCUGCGGCUGCUGCACGAAGGGGAUGGGUGUGGGGUGUGCCAGCCAGAGCUGUGCCCCCCGCUCGCUGUCUGUGUGGCGGGCACAGUGCAGGAUGUGUGUGACUGCUGCCCCGAAUGUGGCAACGCCGAGGGACAAAUCUGUGACCUGGACAACACCAACCACUUCUACGGAAGGUGUGGAGAAGACUUGGAGUGCCAGCUCGACACCAAUGUCCUCGUCUCUGGAGACAUCCCUGAACCCCAGUGUACAUGCCGAUCACAGGAGAGUGUAUGUGCGUCGGAUAGAAUGACUUACAGCAACAUCUGCAGACUGAAGGAAGCAUUUCAUAGUGGCAUGCAUGGCAAUCUCAGCCUCACGCACGACGGGCCGUGUGAAUCAGUUCCAUGGAUUGCCAUGCCUCCUCGCAACACACAUAAUGUUGCAGGCAAUUAUGUCAUCUUCAGCUGUGAAGUGUCAGCUAAUCCCAUGGCCCUGGUGGAAUGGAGGAAGAAAGGGAAUGAAAACUUCCUGCCUGGAGAUGAUGCACAUAUCUCUGUUCAGGCUCGAGGAGGCCCAGAACGAUAUGGUAUCACAGGAUGGUUGCAGAUUCAGGGUUUGAAGAAGUCUGAUGAGGGAAUCUAUACUUGUUACACAUGGAAUAAGUAUGGAGAAGCUCACGCCUCUGCAAGUUUGAGCGUCAAUGAUCCUGAUUCUUCAUCAGCAAUGGAAUUGAAUUUGCCUACCAGAAAUAGUAAAUAUAUCACAGAUGAUGAAGAUGAAGAGGAUAAUGAUGAAGAUGAUGAAGAUGAUUAUGAGAUCUCUGGUGACAACGGAUAAUAAUAAAAUGUGAACCUCCUGGUUCAAUGUGGCAUGCAAAAUGCCCGUGGAGCAUAGCUAUGUAGACACAAAAAGCUGGAGUAACUCAACAGGGCAGGUAGCAUCUCUGGAAGAAGGAUGUUGCCUGUCCCGCUGAGUUACUCCAGCUUUUUGUGUCAAUCUUUGAUUUAAACCAGCAACUGCAGUUCUUUCCUACACACCUGAGCAUAACUAUGUGUUCAUUCGCCAUUUUAAAAAACAGCUUUCUGCACUAUGAGUAAUGAACUGACCUGUAUAUAGUUAAACCACUGAGAUUCUCUCAAAGGGGCCUGGAACUCUGUUAUUAUAUCUUUUGUACAACACACAACUCUAUUCUUACAAAUGUCUGAACUCAUGCAGGUGAUAUUGUUUGCUGCAUUGUCCAGGUGCUGACUCUUGCUGUGAGCAACAAUCUGCUGCUCCUACAGAGUCCAGCGCAGACUGGAUCUGCAAAUCAUCUGUUCUGUGUCAUUUACAUAUUAAAGGUGUGGGUUAGUCGGUAGGUAUUGGAUAUCUUCAUUUCUUCCAGCAGGUAUGAGGAGACAUUUCUAAAGAUCCUGGCUCUUGCACCAUACAGUAAUCAGCUUUAUUCCCAGUCAUACGUAAGCAAUAAAUGUAAGGUUGCAGGAUUUCAGAUUUGGUUAUCAUAGAUUGCAGGUGUUCUAACAUAGAGGCAGGUAGGUGUCUGUGCAUGCUCAUUGUCUUAAAGUUCUGUUGAGUUAUCGGCUUCAUUGUAUAUAUCAUGCAGGUUUGUAGGUUAAUUGUUUUUCUGUAAAUGGACCCUAGUUUGUAGGAUAGAACUAGUAUACGGGAAGCACUGGUUGGCAUGGACUUGGUGGGCCAAAGGGCCCGUUUCCACAAUGUAUCUCUAAACUAAACUAAAUCUAAAGCACACCUAAUGAAGCAAGCACCUCAAAAUGUAGUCUAAGCAGAAUUAAAAAGGGAAUGAGAGAAGAUGUGAUUUACAAAUUGGGAAAGGGAUUUAACAUAAGAGAAACAUAAUUGGUAAAGAAAAAAACAUUAAUGUAGGCUGGUGGAAUGAUGAGGAUACGAGUGUGCAGGAGAAAUGGCUGGGGCCAUUGCAAAGCUUGCAUAGUAGCCCAUUGAUCUCCAGUCUAAAAAAUGUAACCAUGAUCUUAGUAGGGUGUAGGAAGCUUGUGCAACUUUACAAUCUGUAUUCUUGGCUCCUUUACAUGAGCUUCAUGUUACUUAAAUCAAAUCAAUUCCAUAUUUACAUCUCUGGUAUGUGUGUUUGAUAAACCGACAUUCAUGUCAACAAUAAGAGUUGCUGUGUUUAGAUUUUAACAUUUAAUAAUUUUCCCAGCACUGCAUCAUCAAAUACUCCCAUAGGAAAUAGUAUGACACCUACAAAUAAUCAGAGACACAGCAUGGAAACAGUCCCUUUAGCUCACUGAGUUCACUGCCAUCUAGCACUCAUUUACACUAAUACUUCUCAAAUCUGAUUAUAUUCUCCUCACAUUUCCAUCAGCUCUCCCCUGAUUCUACUACUCUCCUGCAUGCUAGAGGUAUUUUAUGGUGGGCAAAUAAUCCUUUUUUAAUUUAUUUUAUGUCCCAAUAUUUAGAUUGCAAUGUUCAUGUGUCAAUAUUCACCAACCAUAUUAAAAUACUUUUUCAAAUCAUUGUCUGGAGAGGUCAUAUUGAAAUUCAACUGGUUAAAUUAACAGGAUUCAGUGUCAAACAGUGAUGUUAACAUACAUUUAAAAAUAAUCACUUUCAAGAUGUCUGUUAAACUCUUCUCCCUCUUUGAUAGGGGUUGUUAAUCUGUUCAAAUUGAAGAGUAAUAACAAAAGAUGUUAGAAAUACUUAUCUGCUAAGGCAGGUUUGGAAGAGAAAACAGAUUUCACCUUUUCAGAUCAGUGAUUUCUCAAGUUUAUCAACAGUAUUGCUACUGAUUACUUGUAUUAUUAUGGACAAUACAAUUAUUAGAAAUUAUUUUAAAAUAUACAUGCAUAUUUUUUUAAACUACCCUUAGACCGUAAGCCGAUUUUUCGUUUCAAUUUGUGACUCACAUUCCAUAUCUACCUGUAUUUAUAACAUAUUAUGCAAAAAUAUUAUAGAAAUCAUAUCUGAAACUCAUCAAGAAAAAUACCUGCACAUAUUUUUUAAAUAUGGAAAAAAACUCAAAUUUUCCGAGUAGUAAUUGUCCAAUCAAAACACGUUUGACAUUGAGUUGGAUGCCUAUUGACUAAUCAUGCACUUUGUUUCAGGCUAGCUAGGCAGGGAGCCCGCUGGGAUCAUGGCAGAGAGGAAGGUUACUGCAGGAGGUUUUAACUGUCAAAACAAUAAUAUAAAUAACCUCACAUGAUUAUCGCACACCAUAAUGAACCAUGACAGUAUGGUUGAUGAAUACUGUCAACUUUCAGCAAGGGGGUGAACUGCAGAUUGCUGUGCAUGCAUAUGUUUGAAAGAGUUCAACUUUAAGUAAUACCCAACUGUAUUAAAGUAACAAUGUUCUCCAAAGAGGAGACUGGUCCAAGACAUGAUUAUUAUUGUGAGAUUGUUGUGUUUUAUUUUGUACACCGCGUGUUCUGAUGUAAACAAAAAAAAAUGCAAUAUUUCUGAGUUUAUAAACUUCCAUAGGCUGUUGCGUCUGGAACAAGAUGUAAAAUUGUUUUUUUUAA